AUGAGCGCGUACUUAAACGGGUACGACUCGGAGCACAUGCUCUUUCAUCAACCUAUCGCUACGGGACCACUAACUGUCGAAGAUCUUGAUGAUGACGACUGCUUCUCUGACUUUGAUGCUGUAGAACGGGACAUUGACGCUGAGAUCGAGGCGCGGCAGCAUGAGAAGCCUCGCGUUGCAGCGCGUGUCUCGCCUCCUUCUCCGUCAUCUUCUCCUCGCACAAUAUCGCAACGGAUGUUGCAAGUAUUGCAGCAAAAUCGCACGCGGAGCCGAGCUGCAGCUGCAGGUGCAGAUUCGAUGCCACCACGUAGACGAAUGCCGAGAGCUGUAGAAAAAACCGUUGGAAACUCGGCAGCUGAUUUGCACUCGAUGGGAAAUAAGAAGACGUCUCCGGCUAAUACUGUGAAAAUGACAGAUACCACAUUGGAUACAUCGCUAUCGUCGCGCCCCAGGUCCUCGUGCACGGAUCGAUUGGAAGCUAGAAUCUCCAAGAGUUUUCAAACGCAACGAGGCAAUGGACUUGGAUGUAGAGCGGUGGAGGAAGAACCAGAUGUGUCAUUGCUAUACUUGGAAAGAGAGACGUAUCCGGCCGAGUCUGUGAGGAAGACCGUGCACGCAAGACUGUCAGAUAAUCGGUCUAGGAAUGCGUCUACGCCUCAAGAGACCAAAAUGAUGGAGAUUAUGGACAAGGAACGAGCCAUGAACGUUUUCCGAUCAGAGAUGUCUUGUCCUGAGAGAUCGUCAAGUGCUAAGAAGAAUAAUGGGGUGAUGUUCCACUUCAGACGAGGGAAGUCGGUAAAGAACGAUGUGUUGGAUGGGCGACUGGAGAGAUUGGCGUUGACGAAUGGUAGACCUGACGAUCGUGUAGAGAAUACAUUAGUGAAAGCGCAACCUCUGAAGCAUGUAACAGACCCAGAGUACACGGCCUUAGCCUUGCAAUUGGCUGAGACGGAAUCGCUGGUGGAUAGCAUUGAGAGCUGCAUGAAGAAGCCGUCAUUCCUCGAAUUGGCUGCGCGUGUUUUGAACGAGAUGCAGUUGCUCUUGAAGACGACACAGCAAAUUCGUGCAAAUGGAACGACAUUGAUCUUGGCCAGCGUGAGCAAGCGCCAGAAUGCUGAUUUUACGCAAGCACUUCGACGCCUGGUAGCGAAAGCAGCAUCGGUUCAAAUGCGCAUUGGCGCGCUCAUGGAUGCGAUCAAGCAGCUUAUGGUGUGA